AUGGCGUCGUGGUCCACCAACAGCUGGACCCUCGAGAUCACGACGCCCGUCGCGGCGCUGCGCCUGUUACGCGCCGCCGUGAUGGAGACUGACCCACCUUGGCCCCCCAAUGCUCGCCUCCCAGGUACGGUUGUCGCCAGCGCCCACAUCGUCCAGAGCGAUGCCCGCGUCGGCAGCGUCAAGCAGUUCAACUUCACCUCACAUAACGCUCCUGCCAUCAGGCUCCUGACGCUCAGGCCAACCUUGAUUUUCUCGCCGAUCAAAGGCUCGAGUUCUUUUCUGGACGCGGACAAGAUCAAGUGCAAGUCGAUGCUCGGUGAGGGCGGCGGCAUCAGCGUGGCCAUCGAGACCGCGACGUCGCACAUCAAGGUGGAGCCGGCGGCCGGCGGCGGCAGCGUGGUGAAGGUGGACUUCACCUACAAGCUGCUGCCCGGCGUGGACGUCAAGGCCAUGGAGUCCGUCACUGCCAUCUUCAAGGCCGGCGAGGCCUACCUCGUCGCCAACCCUGAUGCCUACAAUUAG